GUUUCUAUAUUACGUAGACCUAUCUAUGACUCCCCGCGCACAAGAUAAAGGGGUUAAACGGAACAAUAAUUGUUUUCUGGUGCAAAGGUUUCCAAAUUCGGUUAAAUAGUGUGUUCCUUGACACAGUUGUGCACUCUUUCAGGGCAGAACCCCUCCCUUUUGUGAUUUAUUAUAUGAUUUUUCUUUAACAGCAUGCUCAGUGUUUCACCCUGGAAACCCAAGCGAAAUAUUUCCACGAGUAGUAAGUGGAGAUCUCACUUUAAAAAAAAAAAAAACUCCAUAAGUUUCGGAAUACGUAAACGGAAGUUCCUUGUUAAUGACUCGGCUACGCUCCGACUUUACAAGAGUGAGAAUGGAUGUUUAAUCGUCCAAACCAACGCUUCGAGCCACUUCCUGCAUCGAUGGCAGUUCCUGAUAAAGAAUUACUUCGUGCUAUCCACCAAAUAUCAGAAUCCCUCGGCAGCAACGAACGCUCCAAGAUUCUUUACUUGUGCGGGACUUCGGACACGGACAAUACAGCCGGGCACAUAAAGGAGACUCUUAAGUCCAAGGUCAGGAGUUACGACAAAGGGCGUCUGUUCUUGGCCGAGCUCAUGCUACAUUUGGGGAGAUUUGACAUACUCCGGCAGGUAUUUGGGUUCAGCCGGGACGACGUGGAGAGAGCCUUGAGAUCCGAGCAAGUUCUACCCAGAUUCAGAGUUCUUAUGGCUCACAUCAGCGAGGACAUGGCCCAUGAGGAUGUGAGCAGUGUCAAGUUUCUGCUGGGUCCCAUGCUACCGCGUGAGAAAAUGGAAACCGCGAAGGAUUUCCUGGACUUGAUUGUCGAACUCGAGCACGUGGGCAAGGUUUCCCCGACAAGCGUGGACCUUUUGGAGGAGUGUUUAAUGGACGUCGGCAGGGUAGACCUGGCCAAAAAGCUCAAGGUGUACAAGAUGUCAGUAAACACGCCAGCAGUACCCGAGGAAUUGGUGCAAGUGGUGCGCCACGCCUGCCAGGAGACCCCAGUCAGUCGGUACAAGUUCGCCAGUGACCCAAGAGGAGAGUGCGUAAUCAUCGACUGCGUGGGGCAUGACGGAGAGAUGAUGGCGCAGAUUUUUAAGUCGCUGCACUUCAACGUGACCCUGCACAAAUGGCUCAACCUGGUGGAGACUGUCUCGACGCUCAGGCAGGUCUUCCGAAGAAGUCCGGAUCGCAGCGGCGACGGCUUCGUCUGCUGCAUCAUCAGCCGGGCGACCGACAAUCGCCUCCAGGCCACGGACACGAACUGCGAAGGCCUGCGCCUGGAAGAUGUCCGCCGCUUCUUCAACGGCGACGCCUGUCCGGUGCUGGUCGGCAAGCCGAAACUCUUCUUCGUCCAGAGCUACGCCGUGUCCGAGUUCCAACCCUGCGCCGUAGUGAACCGCUGGGACGACGGCUUGGAGUCGGACGGCGGCGGCGGUCAGCUGAGACCCGAUUGUCUCCCGGCUGACGCGGACGUGCUCUGGAGUCACUGCUCGACCGGGGAGGAUCAACUGCAGCGAGGCCGACACCGGUCCGUUUACCUCAAGGCUUUAACGGACGCCUUGGGUCGAAACCAGGGAAGGAGCCGACAUCUGGUCGAGCUUCACCUGGAGGUGAACGGCGCCAUCUUCGAGCACAACAGCCGGCAUCCCGAGGAGCAGUACCACAUAGACCUGAAACAUACUUUGAGAAAAGAUCUGUAUUUGUAGCUGUCGAUAUUUGCACUUGAAUCUAUCUUAACAAUGUAAACACAUGACUUCAUAUACUACCGUAUUCAGAUAAGCCUUUUUACAUAGACGUAUCUUGUGUGUUUUAUUCCUACAAUGUGUAUUUUCCUUGCACAGUGCAGCUAAAAACACGUUUGUCAAGUUUCAUACUUUCCUUGUAUUGCUACACUGUACACGACAAUGAUUUGCAGUCGUGUCUCUACCAUUGUCUUUGUCAAUAAUAGAGAUACACAAUGUAAACAUACUGCAUAUUUAAUUAUUUGUGAUGUUCCUGUACUUACCAUGAGCAUAAGGAUGGUUCUUUUUAUGACUUGUGCUCAAAUGAAUAAGUUACUCUCCUUUUAGGACGGAGCAGCAGUUGAAGAUGACAAUAUAAUUGAAGUAAAUAUGAUUCAUAGUGUUUGGGAUGCAAAAAAAAAUCUUUUUAUUAAGCAAUGGUCUGAAAAAUUCACCUAUUUGCUGUUUUUUGUUCUGUGUGAAACACCCGAAGAUGGCGCCAAAUCCCAGUCUAGUAGGAAAAGGCGUGUUUUUUUUGUGGUCUCAAGGAAGUGUGUUGAAGUGAUACAUCUCGACUGAGAGACGAGGAUUGUAUGCUGGAGCGGAGCUAAUUUAGCCUGGGUUGUUAGCGAAAGUUGGAGGGUGUUUGUACACGCAUGACUGGUGGCUUUUUAAAUCAACUGCUAUUUAUAUUUGAAGGUUAAUGUAAAAUGGCUUUGAAAUACUAAAAGUUUUCUGGGAUUGUA